AUGGCAGCUCUCUCCAAUUUCUUACCUGGCAAAGCAACACCCACUGAGGCUAUGCUCCCGUUCAUUUCUGUGGUUCUUGGAGGAACGUUUCCAAUCAUGACACCACCAAAUAGCCGCUCACAAUCCAUCGAUCUCUCGACAGGAGUAAACGAGUGGCUAUCACACCGUGCCACCCAAUGCUUGAUCCGGAAUUUGCUAAAGCUCGUUCUUGAGAGCGCGAACAGGAAAGCAGAGUGCAUACGCUGUACACCAGAAGAAUCAUUCCGAAUACUGGAUGAUUUGAGAGCUCCUCGCGAAGCUCUUCAAGCGUAUCUUCAACAGAGCGCUGGCUUUAGGCCAAACCCCGCUUUCUGUGAAACGGGCUUUUUGAGCUUCAGGAUAUUACCAAAGGCUCUAGCUGCACCUAUUGGUCGUCCUCAGAUGCUGGACAGGGGAUCUGUCGGGACUCGAAUUUCUAAGGCCAGCUCAUAUCACUCCAUGGUUCGCUCAGUCAAUGCCUCUUUUAUCAACCAUAACGGCAUUGAUAUCGCCAUCAUUCACAAUAUUGGCAUGACACAUGCAAAAUCUGCCUUACAAGACAAACAAGAAGAGUUCGAGAUUGUCGAAGGGGAGCAUCUCCAACAGCGGAUCCAUGCCUGA